AUUCCCGCGCGUAUUUGCAAUUUAGGAAUUGAUCGCCCGGUUAUUUUCCCGCCCGUUCGUGCGGAGGAUGCGCGUUGUUGAGCUCGAUUUCGAUAUCAAAUGUGGCGUCGUAUGUGAAUUUUGUUGUUUAUUUAUAUCGUUCUUUGGGCAAUAAAAAUGGUCCUAUCAGAAGAUUCCAAUGACCAUUUAUUUAAAAAACACCAGGAAUUGAGUACGAAAUUAAACUUGGAUAUUAACACCAUCACUCAGGCAUGGCAAAGUUUCCAAACCAUACAAACUAAUUACAGUCUGGAGGGCGAAGCCUUGCACUGGCUGGGAUGUGCUGUAUUUGUAGCAUGUAGAAAGACGACGACUCCUACUGUAAGUCGUAGCACAGUUGAAGGCAACUGUGUAAGUCUAACAAGCCUACUACGACAUUGUAAUUUAAGUUUGACACAGUUCUUUAACAAAAUUACCAAAUGGGCGGAUAUGGCUAAUUUAUCCGAAGACUUCCGGCAGAAGAUCAAACGACUUGAAGGCAAUUUUGCCGUCUCGUAUAACAUAUUUAAAAAGUUCACCCCUAUAUUUAAUGAAAUCUUCAAAGGGCCGAUAGAUAUGGACUUGCGCUCAUCACGAAAUCGCAAAACAAAGGCGCCGUUAUGUACACCUACCAAAGUAUUCGAAUUCUGCUGGACGCUUUUUACAACUGUGAAGGGGCAAAAUCCAUUGUACAGCGAAGAUAUUGUUAUGUCGUAUCACUUGUUACAAGCUUGUUGUGAUCUUGCAUUUAGAAAUGCGUUUUUAGAUAAUCGGAAAGAUUUGUUGAACCCCAGCUUUCCAGAGCUGCCUCCAAAUUGGUCCGAUCCCAAUUACAUUGCGCCCAAGGAAGCGCCUUGUAUUAUAAACUACUUAUGUUCGAAACACGACGGUAUAGCCGCCGAAGUGAAAUACGUAAAGGAAUACAGUUGGAAGGAGCACAUCAAAGACCUAUUUAGUAAAGAUAUUCUGCAAGGUGACGAAGACACCUUCACUGGCUUUUUCGAUCCUGCCAACUUUGAUAGUAACUUACGGAACAUUACCAAAACGUACGAGGCUCAAUUGUUAAAUCGAGGAGACUUUGACGAGCGUAUCUUUUUAGCCGAAUACCGCAGACGUUUACUGUUGAAAGAGCAAGCGUUAAAAAAUGCAAAUGGAAGUGUCUUUUCACCGAUGAGUUACUCAGGUGAUGCUCUAGUAACUGAAUCGUCUCGAUCAGGCGAGAAUUCACUACCCGGAACACCCGGAUCUGCGAAGAAAGUGAAUCCCCGAACACAAAUGGAUAGCACUCCUUUAUCUACAGCAACCAAAAGUGUAGCUCGCUUACAAUCCUUACUCGCCGGUCGUCAGUCGGGUCCAAGUGAAUUAUUGUUACAAAUUCUUCAGGGUUGUAAAAUAGAUCCCACUGAAAAAAUUGCAACAAUUAUAGAAUCUCUUGGAGAUAAAUUUCGUACGGAGUUUACAAGACAAAGCUCGUCUGUUCCAAUGAUUACACCAGAUUAUGCCAACCAGAGACUCCAGCUUGCUAUUACGCUAUUUUACAAAUUCGUCGAAAACAUCUUUCAAAAAGAGAAAACUCUCCAUUCGGAUAUUUCGCAUUUGGCAGUACAAGAAAUCUUUUAUGAGUGCACCCUUGCCUGCAGUUUGGAGAUAAUUAUCUACUCUUACAAUUGCCAAAGAAAGUUUCCUUGGAUUUUAAACGCUUUGAAUGUCGAACCGUUUUACUUUGUACGUGUGAUCGAGCUGAUCGUUCGUUCGCAAGAUCAGUUACCAAGAGACGCCGUGAAGCACUUAAAUAUGGUGGAACAAAAGAUAAUCGAAUCUUUAAUAUGGAAAAGUGGCAGUCCGAUUUGGAGAAUUUUGUCGAAUUCGGGGGAGAACUUUCCUAAAUUCGAGGACAUCGCGUUACCAGGGAAUAUGGUGCACAGCGAAGAACAACCUGCACCCGGUCAAAUACUUCGGCGUUCUUUAAAUAAUCAAUUGCAAUCACCAGGGCCGUCUGCUGUUGAAAGGUUUCAGUCGCCCAUAUCUGAUGUCAAAAAACAAUUGUUUAAACCUUCUCAGACACCUACAAAGACAUCUCAUGCAGUGAUGGUGGACAAAGAUGGUACCAAACAACUAAUUGUGUUAGAAAAACCGAUAGAUUCAACUUCAACAACGCCCGUCAAAGCGGAGGGAUCUUCACCUUCGAGUGGUAGACCGAAAAAAUCUGGAAGCCUAUCGAUUAUCAUACGCAAAUUCUACAACCUGGCAUAUUCGCGCAUGAAGCAGCUGUGCAAUAAACUAGACAUCACCGAUUUAAAAUUCACACAAAAGAUUUGGACGGUCUUCGAAUAUUCAAUUCGAGAUCAUACGCAUUUAAUAAAGGAUCGUCACUUGGAUCAAUUAUUAAUGUGUGCGGUAUACGUUGUCUGUAAAGUGACAAGCACGAGGGAGCAAAAAUUUGCUGAAAUCAUGCAACAUUACAGAGGGCAACCCCAGGCUAGCAGUCAUAUUUACAGAAACGUUUUAAUAGAUCGAAGUAGCACACAGGAAGUAACUGAUGAAGGUAUUAACUCGGAUAUCGAGAAAAGGGGUGAUCUGAUCUCAUUUUAUAACACUGUUUAUGUUCUAGCAAUAAAAAGCUUUGCUUUACAAUUUAAAGAACAGGAUCCUAACAUCGCCCUCAGUCCUCUCCCAUUGAUUAACAACAACUUUGCAUCUCCUCGGUGCCAGAUAACCGAUAAUUUGUACAUCACUUCGUAUGAUACACCAACAAAUGGUGGUAGUAAGACGAACUCUUUGGAAUAUCACUUCAGUAGGAGUCCAUCAAAGGAUUUGGAAAAAAUUAACAAUGCCAUUAAUAAACAUAUUGUCGGUAAACGUCUGCUAGGUUACGACGAAGACACUUACACACCUAAUAAUAAAGUCCAGCGAAAAAUGCAGUCCCUCGUGGAACAGCGAAGAAGUCAAGUGACGGAGUAAAUGUGUGUUUUGCUAAAAUUCUCCAUGUUGAACGUUUGUAAUUUAUUUAACUAUGAAACUGCCUUUUUG